CUGUCCUGGGAGCAUGCCAAUGGCACAGAUAAAACAACACAUUUUGGUGAUAUUGAUCCGUUUUGAGUAGCGGUGGACCGUAUCUAGCGCUCUGAAACUUGGGAGCCAUGGCUCCUGUGAAGGUCACCUUCAAGACUGUGCAGGGCAACAAGUUCGAGUUGGAACUCGACUCUUCUGACAAGAUUGAAAAUGUGAAGCAGAAGAUUGAAGGUGUGCAAGGGGCCGAUUUCCCUGCAGCCAAUCAAGUCAUCAUCUACCAGGGCAAGGUGCUGAAAGACGACACUACUUUGGAAGAAAACAAAAUUACGCACGAGAACUUCGUGGUGGUCAUGAUCCAGAGGGCAAGAAAAGCUGCUUCACCAAAGAAGGAGGAACCUGCAGCGCCAACAACCACAGCACCUGCUCCUGCUGAGGCUGCACCCACAGCUCCAGCAGCCGAAGUGCCUGCACAGCAGCCGAGGGCUGCAGCGGUCCCAGCUGCAGCGGCAGCUGCACCCGCCGCCGGAGCUGCAGCCGGCGACCUGAACUCCAACUCCCUCCUGAUGGGCACCCAAUUGGAAUCCACCAUCGCUGGGAUUGUGGAGAUGGGCUUUGACCGCGAGGAGGUGGUCCGCGCAAUGCGCGCGGCCUUCAACAACCCCGACCGCGCGGUGGAGUACCUCAUGACGGGCAUUCCCAACAACGUCGAGGCCCCCGCCCCCGCGCCAGGCGCAUCCCCCGCCGCCGGCGCCGUGUCGGCCGCGCCAGCCGCCGGCACACCGGCCACUGGCGGCGGCCCCGCCAGCGGCCCCAACGCUCAACCCCUUGACAUGUUCGCCCCCCAGGCUCCAGCUGGCGCUGGGGGAGCAGGCGGCGCGGCAGGGCCCCUGGACUUCCUGCGCUCCAACCCCCAGUUCAUCGCCCUGAGGCAGAUUGUGCAGAGCAACCCCAUGAUUCUCCAGCCCAUGCUGCAGGAGCUGGGCAAGCAGAACCCGGAGCUGCUGACGCUGAUCAAUGCGAACCAGCAGGAGUUCCUGCGCAUCAUCAACGAGCCGCCGAGCGUUAUCAUGUUUUGGCUGACUGUGCGGCUGUUGCUGUUUGCAGCGCUGCCGCCGGGUGCAGUGGCGGUGCACCUGACGGAGGAGGAGCAGGCAGCCAUCCAGCGGUUGGAGACGCUGGGAUUUGACCGCAACCGCUGCAUUGAGGCCUUCCUGCUCUGCGAGCGCGACGAGACCCUCGCCGCAAACUUCCUCUUCGACAGCGCCAUGGACGAGUAGCCGCAUCGCGUCUGCGCAUGCAUGCACGUGCGGUGCAGGUGUCAGGGCGCAGGAUGCGGCUGACGGACUUGUGUUGUGGACGAGUGGUAGCUUCAUGCGCGUGCAUGCGUCGGUGCAUAUAGAAGGCCAGGGAAGGGGUGACUUUUACGGGUGUUCUCCCAGGGACGAGGAGUAGACCUGUGUUUGCGCUUGCGCCUAUGCAAGUUUUAAGUUUAAAGGAAGCGGGUUGGCAUUCUUUGGGUGGUCUUCCACGUACAACAAGCUUCCUGUGUGCGCAUGUGCGGAGGCAAGUAUCAUGUGAAGGACGGGGGAAGAAUGCUCGGGGAGGUUCUCCACAGGAAGCACGUGUUUAGGUGAUUGCAGGAAGCUUGAUAGCACGACAGAAUGUUCAAGGAGCAGACACAAGCUGCUGGAUUAUCAAUGCAUUGGGUUUCUUGGACAGUGGUGCAUGUCUCAGGCUGCAGGCGCUGUAAGUUCUUUGUCAGUGUUAGGUGCCUUGCCGCCAUGGCAGGAAGUUUCGAGGGAUUGCGCUCUAGCGUUUAUUUGCGGCGAACACGCCAUGUGUGCGUUUCAUGUAAAGGCCCGUCUUUUGCAU